GAGCAAGCAGCGGCGGAGCCGACGCAAGAAGGCCAACGACCGCGAGCGCAAUCGGAUGCACAAUCUCAAUUCGGCCCUGGACGCGCUGCGCGGGGUCCUGCCCACCUUUCCCGACGACGCGAAGCUCACCAAGAUCGAGACGCUGCGCUUCGCGCACAACUACAUCUGGGCGCUGACGCGGACGCUGCGCCUAGCGGACCACAGCCUGUACGGUCUGGAGCCUCCCUGCGAGGAGCUGGGCAGCCCGGACGGCGGCUCCCGGGGAGACUGGGGCUCCCUCUACUCCCCGGUCUCCCAG